GGGGUUUCUGCGAACGUCUCGGCGUAUACAGUUUAUUUUGAUGCUUUUUUUAGAGCUUUCAAAUGGAUUUUUUCCAAUUUAUUCCAGGAGAGAGAUUCUUCUUUAUUCAUGAAAUCUGUUGCAGAGCCGUAUUGCGACGGUCUAACUUGAUGUCGUUGAAAAUGUAGAUAACAAACAAUCUCACGAGAGUAAAAGUGUUCAGUGAAAGUGGAAAUGCAUGAGGCCUUGGUUUUGCUUAUCCUGAUAGAGGAGGGUUUCGCACUGGCACAGAAAACUCAAGCUUUGCCUCAGAAUGUGGCUGUUGAGGAUAAGAAACCCGCUCACUGUGGAACUUUGAUUCAGACGGCAAAUGGAGGAUCAUUUAGUUCUCCAAACUACCCCAACACUUACCCGCCAAACAAGGAGUGUGUGUACAUCCUGGAGGCCCAUCCACGGAAGAGAAUCCAGCUUGUCUUCAAUGACAUCUACUACAUCGAGCCGUCCUUUGAGUGCCGCUUUGAUAAUAUUGAAAUCCGUGAUGGGCCGUUUGUUUUCUCUCCGUUGAUUAAUCGGUUCUGUGGGCCAAAGAGUCCAGGAAUUGUAACCUCUUCUGGACGCUUCAUGUGGAUCAGGUUUGCCAGCGAUGAGGAGCUGGAAGGACUGGGCUUCAGGGUGGAGUAUUCAUAUACUGCAGAUCCUGACUUUCAUCUACAUAUUGGGGGACUCUUGAAUCCCAUUCCAGACUGUCAGUUUGAAAUGUCUGGAUCAGAUGGUGUAAUCAGAUCUAGUCAAGUUGAGGAGGAAAACAAGGUGAAAUCAGGGGAAGCAGUGGAUUGUAUUUGGACCAUACGAGCUCCACCGAUGUCUAAGAUCUAUCUCCGCUUUCUGGAGUAUCAGUUGGAGAACUCAAAUGAGUGUAAGAAGAACUUUGUUGCAAUCUAUGAAGGCAGUAAUGCCAUUGAAGAUCUAAAGGCCAAGUUCUGCAGCACCGUUGCCAACGACGUCACGCUUGACAACGCUGUGGGCGUGGUCCGAAUGUGGGCCGACGAGACCAGCAAACUGAGCCGCUUCCGUAUGCUCUUCACGGUCUUUGCUGAACCUCCAUGUUUGGCCAACACAUUCUUCUGUCACAGCAACAUGUGCAUCAACAACACUCUGGUUUGUAAUGGUGUUCAGAACUGUGUGUUUCCCUGGGACGAGAGCAACUGCAAAGAAAAGAAGUCAAAAGGUUUCUUCCAACAGAUGAGUAAAACUCAUAGCACUGUGAUCGGAGUGGCAUCUGGUGUGGUCUUGCUUCUUCUCAUCAUAUCUGUAUUUAUACAGAUGAAGCAGCCGAGAAAAAAGGUCUUGAGCCGUAAGGGUUUGUUCAGCGCUGCAGAGAUGCAGGAGGUGCUGGAGCCUCCUCAGUACGAGCUCUUCUCCAUGCGGGAAGCGGAGCUGCCGGAGGAUCUCUCGGAGGAGCUGGAGAGUCUGCAGAAACUCCGCCGCUCCUCCAGCAUGUCCCGCUGCGUUCACGAGCAUCACUGUGGCGCUCCGAGCAGCGCCUCCUCCAUCGUCAUGGCAAGCAGGGCACAUAAUUUCUCGCACGGCUCUGAUGAGAUGAGUACGGUUGUUGGGGCCAGAGGCUGGGGCAGCUUCCACGGACGCAGGAGCAGCUCCCGCUCGCACCCUUUCACACACGACCCGCACGCUCACGCUUACAGCGCCCAGAGUCUGAGAGAGGCACUGGAAGAUGAGGAGCUGGAGCUGGGGCUGGAGGAACGGGUGAUGGAGGAGAUCGGCUACAAUGAUUUUAUCACCCGUGGACGCAACGUCAUGAUGGUACGUAAUCAUGCCAACCCUGUUCAACAGCGCUCGCUCUCUAUGGACUUCUGAGUGGAGCCGAAGUCAGCUGACACUUUAUUUGUUGUGUAAAAAUUCAAUAAUAUAAUGCAUAGCUGUAAAUGUUUGCCCACACCCUUCUUUUAUUAUUUUACAAUUUUAUUUCAAAGUUUCUCUUGUCAUUCUCAGUAUCUCCUUUGCCCUUCCUAUACUUUAUUUCAAGCCAAGUCCAGUAUAUAAAUAUUUUUUAUUGGUGUUAUUCUCAUUCCUCAAAACCAGAUUUAGGUCAGGACUGAAAUUAAAUUUUUAUCACACCUGCCUCCUACUGGCCAUGAUAUAGUAUUUUUUGCUAAUUAAACAUUUUUUGCAUAUAUUCAUGACCAGCAGCUCAUGUCUUUGUGUCACCAUGAGCCGGUUUGCAACUAGAAGGUUUUGCUACUAAUACAUUUUUCCACUUACUACCAUGUAAAGGUUUGGGGUACAGUAAAAACAGUAAUAUUCUGAAAUAUUAUUACAAUUAAAAUAGCAGUUUUCUAUUUUAACAUAAUAGAAUUUAUUCCUGUGAUCAAAACAGUUUUUUCAGCAUCAUUACUCCAGUCUUCAGUGUCAUAUGAUUCUUCAGAAAUCAUGUUGAAAAUAGUUCUACUGCUUAAUAUUUUUGUGGAAACCACAUACAUUUUUGAUGAUUCUUUAAUUAAUCUAAACUUUAAAAGAAGAAUAAAAAUAUUUUGUAACAUAAUAAAUGUCUUUGCUGCAAUUUAAUUUAUUUUAUUUCAUUAUAGUGUGUAUAUUGAGUUCUGGAGAUAAAACCACUGAAAAAUCAUCAGAAAUUGCUCUUGGAGAAGUAAAAGUUGUCAGAAGGCUUGUGAAUGAUUGCAUUAUUCAUUAGUAGAUGGGAUUGUGUCUGUAUUUAUUUGAUAUUGCUUUCUUUUCCCUUUUCUUUGAACCAAUCUGAUGUAGGUUGGAGUGUGCUGUGGUGUUUGAUGUUGUGCUUGUGUUUUUAGAGGAGGCAGUGAUGCUCACUGAGGUUUAUU